CCUGUGGAGUUGGUUCGCUCCGUUGCUGUGCGCCUCUGGAUUGAGAGUAGAGCAGAGCGAUCGAGAGGAGCUGUGCGUGCGGUCGCUCUUCAGCUUUGAACGGUCUGACCUGAUGAAAAUGUUUCAUUAAAACCACGACCUGCUCUUUCAAUUAUGUGACAGUCGGCUGUUUCCAAAGUACAACGCGUCUGGACCGCUUAGGGAAUCAGUCGAGGAACAUUUUCAAGCCUCAAAGAGCCCAGCUGAUUCAGGGUUUGUGCGUCCUGCUACCUGCACAGUGCGAGACCGACCCCUCCGUAAAUUCAAAUGGCUUGCUGUUUGAAGGACGAACUCUUGUGUUCCAUUUGCCUGAGCAUUUAUCAAGACCCUGUCAGUUUCGGCUGCGAGCACUACUUCUGCCGUAAGUGCAUCACUGAGCACUGGAGCAGACAGGAGCAUCACGGGAUGCGAGACUGCCCGGAGUGCAGGAGGACCUUCACGGAUCCCCUUCUGUCCCCGAGCCUAAAGCUCUCCAACAUCGUGGAGAGGUAUGCCGCUUUCCCUCUGGACGCCAUCCUGAACGCCCAGAGGAACUCGUACCCAUGCAAGGACCAUGAAAAGGUCAAGCUCUUCUGCUUAAGUGACAAGAGCUUGGUGUGCUUCUUCUGUGAUGAGCCUGCCUUACACGAACAGCACCAAGUCACCACCGUUGACGAGGCUUAUGAGGAAAUACAGAGGGAGAUGAAGGAGCAGCUGGCGACUCUACAGGACAGUGAGAAGGGUCAUACGGAGGCUUUGCAGCUACUGCAGAGACAGCUCACCGAAACCAAGUCAUCAGCAAAGAGCCUUCGUGCUACAAUUGGUGAAGCUUUUGAGCGACUUCACCGCUUCCUGCGGGAACGACAGAAGAGCAUGCUGGAGGAGCUGGAGGCAGAUACGGCGCGCACGCUGUCUGAUAUCGAACACAAGAUCCAGCGCUACAGCCAGCAACUCCGUGAUGUCAAGGAAGGGAUCCAGAUCCUUCAGGAGCGACUCAGUGGGACCAGCCGUCACGAGUUCUUGGAGGGAAUAGCCCUGACGUCAGACAGAAUAAAGGGAAAGAUCCAUGAAACCAACCUCACUUAUGAAGACUUCCCAACGUCCAAAUACAUGGGACCACUACAGUAUACAAUCUGGAAGUCUCUGUUUCUGGAUAUAUCCCCAGUGCCUGCUGCUUUAACCAUGGACCCCAUCACUGCUCACCAGCGGCUCAUAUUAUCAGACGACUGCACCAUCGUUGCGUACGGGAACCUGCAUCCACAGCCCCUGCAGGAUUCACCGCGCCGCUUCGACGUUGAGGUGUCAGUGCUGGGAGCCGAGGGCUUCUCGGCGGGCGUCCACUACUGGGAGGUGAUGGUGUCUGAGAAAACCCAGUGGAUGAUCGGCGUGGCCAACGAAACGGUCAACCGCAAGGGCAGCAUUCAGAUCCAGCCCAGCAGAGGCUUCUACUGCAUCGUCAUGCACGACGGUAACCAAUACAGCGCUUGCACCGAGCCCUGGACGCGCCUCAACGUAAAGAGCAAACUCGAGAAAGUGGGCGUCUACUUGGACUACCCCAAAGGUCUGCUGGUUUUCUACAACGCUGACGACAUGUCCUGGCUCUACACCUACCGAGAGAAGUUUCUAGCUAAACUUUAUCCAUACUUCAGCCCCGGUCAAAGUCACGCCAACGGAAAAAAUGUUCAGCCCUUGCGAAUUAACACCGUGCGUUUAUAAGAGCUGAGUCAGCAGAGAAGAAGAAACUGAAAUCUAGGUUGUAUAAUAACAUUUCGUUUUCAGCUUACCUUAGGGUGCUCGGUGGAUCGUCGACACGUUACUGAAUAAAGCAAUCUGACUGAUGGAUUGUGACGUAAGGCUCUGUAGAUGCCUGGAGUUGGUAAAUAAAAUGGAGAGCCUUGCACUUUUCUGAGAACUGCCUGUGGGUGUUUUGUACAUUUUAUUGUCGCCGGUCAUUUGUAGUCUUGCCGUGGCCGGCCUGCUUGCCCAAGAUUCCCAGCUGCUUGUACACAACAUCCCGACUUCUGUCCCUUCAGCCCCUGCAGGGUCCAAAUGCUCCUUUCAUGGCUCAAGCCUGGGAAAAAGAGCUUAUCUGUUGUGCAGACAGAAAUAAAAAUGAGUUGCCCGUUUUGUUUUGUGCAAUUGGUUUUGGUGUGUUUGUGGAGACACUGAACUAGUGCUGUACGAACUUCUUUUUUCUCAGUAACUG